AUGAGAGCAGUUCUCAAGUUUUUCAAACGACUUUACUGUCUAGUACAAGCACGCACUUCCUGGAUGCGAAGGAGGCGAAACAAUCGAACGAAUCGAACGAAUGUGGAACCACAAAGCAAAAAGAUCAUAGUGGAAGAUCGUAAACAAUCUAUUUUUUCUGUCGAUUCAGCAACUAGGGAGGCAACGUUGAAGGCCCUGUUUCCAACUUGUUACCGUUCCCGUAUUUGCCUCUCGCCAUCACCUUCUUCUGACACCAACUCAUCAGAUCAUACAGUAUCUCCAUUUGUGACACCUCAAUUAGGCGAGAAAGUACUAGAUCGAAUAGAUUAUUCGAAAAUGGAACUCAAUUUACUCAAGGAUAAACACUUUCUGUUGUCAGCCCAUGACCGACUUGCAAUGCCUAACUACCUCUAUCCUUUGGAUAUGGCAAUGGGAGACUUAAGACAUCUACAGUCUGCAUAUAACCAGAAAUUCUGUAAAUGUAACAAACUACCUGUGGUCAAGGAAGACAGCAUGAGUGUGGCAUGCCAGACAGAUGCAUUGACUCCAUCGGAGAGUAUAGAAGAUGUAGACAUAGACAAUGAACAUCACAUAAACCAGGUAAAUAGUGAUGCUCAUCGUAAAAACCAAGAGGUCAAAAUCCCUGAUGAAGUCUGUGACAUUUCGUCAUUUGACAGAUGGUCCAUACCAAGGGUCAGAACUGUUUUCUAUGAAUCACCUACUAGCAAUCUAAAUAGAAGACCUUACGGUUUACGAUAUGCAGCAAUUAAUUUGUACGAGAAAACUGAGGAAGAGCCUUGUGAAGAAAAUGGUUCGAAGUCCUAUGAGAGCUGA